CCGCACCAUUCAUUUUGACGGCGCACGUACAUGCGUGAAAUAUAUAGUUCUUUUAUGUUUUCGUAGUACAUAUAAUAUUAAUCCAUGAAGAAUAAUACUGUUUGGUCAUCUGAAAUUUACAUGAGUCUGGAUCUUGACUUGGCACCGCUAUAUAAUAUCACGUGAUUUAUUAAAAAAGUUAAAAAUAUAAAUACAAAAAGGAUAGAUCAGAAAUCUAAAGUUUUUAUCUGAGCGGUAAAUUUUAAAUAUCCGAAUAGCAAUAUUAAUACUCAUAAAUAAAUAAUUGAUGGCACGGAAUUAAUAAUAUAUAGAUAUAUCAAAUUACAGCAGGGAUAUAUAUAUAUAUAUAUAUAUAUAUAUUAACUAUAUUAUGAUCAUAUAUACGAGUGACUUGAUCAUGAUCUACUGAUCAUUCUAGAUGGCAGAUAUUUAUUCAUAAUGGAGAAGAUUAAUAUACGAAGCUUGAGAAGCAUUGCCAAGAUAAUGGGGACAAUCUUCUGCGUUAUUGGAUCCAUUUCCAUGGCAUUGCUUAAAGGACCAAAGCUAUUUAUAAACAUGAAGGAAUUGCUACCAUCAAAAUCCAGCAUGGUCACGGGUGGAGAUCAUAAUUAUAAUUGGCUGCUGGGUUGUUUAUCUCUCUUAGGAAGCUGUUGUUUCUAGUCAUUCUGGGUAAUUAUGCAGGUCCCAAUUUCAGCAAGCGUUCCUGACCAUAUAUAUUCAUCUACUUGGAUGCUUUUCUUGGCGAUGCUACAAGCAGCAAUGGUUACAUUAGUCUUAGAGCAUGAACCAGAAGCAUGGUAUCUGCAUUCAUUUGUUGAAUUGGGAUGUUGUUUAUUUGGAGCCUGGUGCAUAUCACAAAGAGGUCCGCUCUUCUCUGCAAUGUUUUUCCCUCUAUGCACAGUUAUGACAACCGUUUUAGCUUAUAUGUUUCUGCAUGAGGAGUUGUAUACCGGAAGCCUGCUAGGUGCUUUUGCCGUGAUCAUCGGUUUGUACGUUGUUCUUUGGGGUUAAGCCGAAGGCCUUCAAGAUCAGAUCAAAGAAGAGACAGUUCCAAAGCUGCAACAUGAUGAAGCUUCGGGGAAGAUCAUAAGUAGUACAGUACUUGAUGUGGAAGAGCCAUUAUUACUGUCUUGAAAAUCAAGUGAUCAUGUCAAUGUAACAAAAUAUAUAUAUAUGAAUCCCAUAUGAAUUAUAAAA